UGGCGACCUGUGGUAAACUAUAUCGGAAAAUAGAAUAGACGUGUGCUGGGAAAAAAAUAUCUUCAGAUUUCGUGUGCAGUAAAUCACACACUGGCUCAAAUGUUGAACCUCUUUAUACAGCCUAUAGGGUGCGAUCUUGCUCUGGAGUUUUCUCGUGCCUGUGCGUAAUGACGCAUUCGUCCUCCAGCGCCUCUCCUCCUCCCCUCCUCCCUCCCUCCCUCCUGUCACAUCUGGAUCUGGCUCCUCUCAUCAGCACCACUCAGCGCAGUGAGAGAGAGAGAGAGAGAGAGAGAGAGAGAGAGAGAGAGAGAGAGAGAGAGAGAGAGCGGAGGGAAGGAAACGACCGGAGAAGCGGAGGCUGGCUCGGUCGGUGCAGCCUCAUUCACAACCGAGCAAAAAAAGGAGAGGAGAGUGGAAGGACAUCUCACCUUCUCAUCCGCGCUCACGGAUAUUUUUGUAUCCCAGUCCUCCAUCCGUCAUUCCAGCUUCUUUUCUUCUUCUUAUCCUUCUCAUCCCUCUUCUUGUCUUGGAUAUGAUGAGCUCCAGCCUGCUGGAAAACCCGGUGCAGGCGAUUCUGUACCUGCGGGAACUCACCACCAUCGUCCAGAACCAGCAGAGUCUCAUCCAGACCCAGCGCGCCCGGAUAGAGGAGCUGGACCGGCGGGUGGACGACCUCAUCGGCGAAAACAGGCACCUGCGGGACGUCAGGGUACAACAGCAGCAUCCUUACCCUCACCACCACCACCAUCAUCAUCACCCCGACCCCAGCUGCCUUCAUCAUCACCAUCACCCUCAGGACCCUAGUGCGGGGUCUCUGCCAGACCAUGCGCCUCCAACAGCACAGGUCGAGGCGGCUCCGGGGGUUCAGCCGUCGCCUCCACAACCUAUGGACCCAGGAGACAUGCAGCUGGUCCCGGCCGACCCGUCCGUGGUUACCCCGGUUGAAAGUGACCCAGAAAACGAUGGAAGUUGCCCCAGCUGCCGCUCUUUGGUUCCGAUGACCUCGACAACCCUUUGUCGAUCCUUGGCCCUGACUAAGAAAUCCGAGAGCGAGACAGUGCUGCAUCAGUUUUGCUGCCCCGCCCCUGAGCAUCCUGAGGCUGACACCACCGGCUCAUCCGGUGGACAGAUGCUGAGCCUGGAGGAUGGAACGUCCUCCAGCAGACAGGAAGUUGAGGGCACCAAGAGGGAGGGCCCCAGCGAGUACGAGAUCACCCUGGAGAAUAAAAACAAACAGAUAGAAGAGUUGGAGCAGAAGUAUGGAGGCCAUCUCAUAGCGAGGCGGGCCGCCCGUCGCAUCCAGACAGCUUUCCGUCAGUACCAGCUUAGCAAGAACUUCCAAAAGAUCCGUAACUCACUGUCGGAGAGCAAGUUGCCCCGUCGGAUCUCCCUGCGCCAUCCCAGCCCUUCAAGCCAAAACCGGAACAGCGCCCAGAGACACAGUUACAGUCUGCAUCCGGGAGGAGGACAGAUACCUUUGCGCUCCAAAACACCACCUCCGCCUCCGUGUCGCUCCACCUCUCUGCCCCCUUCUCCUGCCUCUGCCCCAGCAGCUGCUCCUCCUGCUGGCCCAGGCCCAGGACCAGCUCCAACUCAAACCCCUGGACAGACACUCACACAGCUGGAGGACUGCUUCUCUGAACAACUGCACUCCUUGGCCCAGUCAAUUGAUGAUGCCCUUCGUGGUUGGAGCUUGUCAGAGGGUGGAGAGGGGAAGGGCCUACUGAUGGACCCCGGGGCCCUUCGUGCAGCUGCUGAGAGUGCUUGUCUGCCCCGCAGUGCCAGUUCGCUGCUCAUGGCCUUCAGGGAUGUCACUGUUCACAUUGACAGCAAUAGCUCCUACACCAUCUCUUCUGCUACCACCACAACCACCACCUCUCUGGGCAACACAGGUGGAGGAGAACCUGGCAAUAGGAAAGCCUCUGUGAGUGGGAUGGCUGGGGGGGGGGAUGGCCAGUCGGCAGAGGGUGUGGAGCAAGAGUUUCCCGCACCUCCUCCCAGUGAGGAGCUGGAAAUGGUCGAUCCAGGAUCCAGGAGGGGUUCAGCAGUGCCAGCUCCGGGAGUAGGAGGGACGGAGGGGGAGAGUGGCUCAGACAGACAGGGGUCCACUUCCACUUCUACCUCUACAUCCACUUCCAUCUCCACAGCCCAGUCUAACCAGCAGCCUGCCCAGAUCUACACCCAGUACCAGCAGUACCACUACACUCAUCCUCAGCAGAUUCCAGGAGGACCGAGCCCCGAGGCCCUGCAGGCCCUGGUCGUCUCUCUGCCAAGAGAUCGCUGCCAGGACCCGGCUUCCUGCCGCUCACCAACCCUGUCCACAGACACACACCGCAAACGCCUGUACCGUAUAGGACUCAACCUCUUCAAUGUGAACCCAGAAAGAGGCAUCCACUUCCUGAUCACGCGUGGUUUCGUCCCAGACACAGCCAUCGGAGUGGCUCACUUCCUGCUGCAGAGGAAGGGCCUGAGCAGACAGAUGAUUGGAGAGUUCUUGGGAAACAGCAAGCUGCAAUUCAACAGAGAUGUUCUUGAUUGUGUUGUGGAUGAGAUGGAUUUUUCAGGCAUGGAGCUCGAUGAAGCCCUGAGAAAGUUCCAGGCUCAUGUUCGUGUUCAGGGAGAAGCACAGAAAGUGGAGAGACUCAUCGAAGCCUUUAGCCAGCGGUACUGUAUGUGUAACCCUGAUGUGGUGCAGCAGUUUCACAACCCAGACACCAUCUUCAUCCUAGCCUUCGCUGUGGUCCUCCUCAACACUGACAUGUACUCGCCCAACAUCAAACCCCAGCGCAAAAUGGGCUUAGAUGACUUCAUACGCAACCUAAGAGGUGUGGAUGAUGGAGCAGACAUACCCAGAGAGAUGGUGGCAGGCAUUUAUGAAAGAAUCCAACAGAGAGAGCUCCGCUCCAAUGAAGACCACGUCACCUAUGUGAGCCGUGUGGAGCAGUCCAUCCUGGGCCUGAAAACUAUCCUCGCUGUGCCCCACAGACGUCUGGUGUGCUGCUGUCGUCUGUUUGAGGUGCCUGAUGCCAACAAGCCUCAUAAACAGAAACUGUCCCAGCUCCAGAGAGAGGUCUUCCUCUUCAAUGACCUGCUGCUGAUCCUGAAAUUGUGUCCCAAGAAGAAAAGCUCAGCUUCUUACACCUUCUGUAAAGCUAUGGGUCUCCUGGGAAUGCAGUUUCACCUCUUCAGCAAUGAAUAUUACGCCCAUGGCAUCACCAUGCUGAGCCCAUUUACCUCAGAGAAGAAGCAGCUGGUGAGUUUCUGCUCCCCAAGCGGAGAGGAGCUCAGGAAGUUUGCAGAGGAGCUCCGAGAGGCCAUCGCUGAGGUCAAUGAGAUGGAGCAGAUACACAUCCAGUGGGAAUUGGAGAGGCAACAAGGCAUCCAGCCACACAGCAUACACACCAAUGGCGGGCAAGUGGACACACACACAGGACACGGCUCUCCCUCAGGCCAACAGGAUGUGUAUGAUAAAACAGGCAACAACAAUACAGUAGAGGUGUCAAUUCACAACAGGCUGCAGACCUAUCAACUGAGCCAGCCCAGCAUUGAGUCCACACCUCUGGCCCUGGCUGCGCCGCCCGCCCUGCUCAGUCCCGUUCAGCCCGGGGAGCUACGCCCAGAAACACUCAUCCAGUGUCAGCAGAUCGUCAAGGUGAUCGUCGUGGAUCAGAGUGGACGAGGGCGGAUGGAGGCCUUCCUCAGCCAAGGCCCGGCCACCCACCAGCUCAUCCAGUCGGCCAUGUCGACACCUGUGCGUGUCAGGGAGGGAGACGGCCCUCAGCCCCCGCUGCCGCCUCCCCCUCCCCCGUACAACCAUCCCCACCAGUUCUGCCCCCCUGACUCACCCUUGCCCCUCCACCACACCAUGCCUCUCACCCGCAGGCGCAACUCCAGUGGCUCCCGCAGCAUUGUCUGAAUCAUUGACUACUCUGUGGGCCCUGGGGGCCAGACAUGACCCUCACACCCGGACACACACACACUUGCUGGAGCACUAGUCGACUCACUUUGAAGGGUAAGAUAAAAGUAUAGCAAAAAAAAAAAAAAUAGGGAUAUACUGUAUAAGUUGAAUCAAGGGACAAAGGAAAAGGAAACCAACAAGAAUCUAUUCAUAGUCGUAACUGAGUGGUGGUGUUUUUGAACAUGGAGUAGUUUUGAUGCCAUUUUUGAAAGACAACUUUUCUUCUUUCUUUUGUCUCCAGCCGUACAUCACCCGGUAGAUGAUUGUGUUGUCUGUCUAGAUUUCACACUCUUUAAGAGAUCUUGUGACUUUGCAUUUUUAAAUGUCACCUGCUCAACAAAUGUGUUUCUGUCAGAAAAGCAAACUCUGGCAGCCCUGAAAGAACAUUGGAUUGCUUUAAAUAUGAAGGAAAAAAAAACUCUGUUUUGUUUACUUUCAGGGUUUUGAUGUUAUGUUCACACCUCUUUGUUUGGUCUACGUUUUUCAGUACUAGAUAACACACUCAGAAAGGAACAGUUUCAGCACAGUUAAACUAGCUUCUCCACACUGCCAUCAUUUUUGCUCAUCUCUGCAUAAAUGUGAAGAAAUAAGAUUACCAGUUUAUUUGUUUCCUUCAUUUUCUAGGGAAAAGAAAAUCGGUAUGAUUGAGGAAGGAGGUGCAGGAAAAGCUCUAACAUCUCUACCCUGUCAUGUACAGUAUAAUGUAGUAUGCAAGGAUGUUGCUGCUUGCUAAACUAACCUGAAACCAUAUCCCGGCGACAAUCAUAUUUUUCUGUGCUUCAUUUGCUGUUCUUGUGAGUUUUGCUGAACUCGUGCGAGCAAGUAUCCUCACAAUAGUGUGUGACUGCCCUGAUUCUGUGGCGUUUUGCUCUCACAGAGCUCAGGAAAGGAUCUGCUGCACUAUAACAUAUGAUAUCUGCACCUUUGAGUUGUAUUGAGAGCCGUGUGCUUGUGUACUGUGUGUUCAAUCUGCUUACUCAAGGGUGGCAGUGGGUAGGGCUGGUAAUUCAUCCAAAACAAGGCUAAUGAACCCCUUUCUCCCCUUGUACAUUAACUCCUAAUGGAUUAUCUAGUGUGAAUAUUGUUGUUACCUUUGGAUUUAGGCAAUAUAUCUGCCUGGAAAAGUCUAGCUUUAGUUUAAAAAUGAAUAAAAACGGCUCCACACAGGGUAGACCAAGGUCACCUUACAAAAACAUCAUCCCUUUCUCACAUAUUUUUCCCUUGCACACUGAAUAUAUUAUAUAACCAGAGAUGCAUUCCUUUACUGAAUGUUAAAUCAGGGGGAAAACGGAAGAUGUCCAUGAAAUAAUAAUUGAUUUCAUCACCAUGUUGUCUGUCUGUCCCGUGUCGGUGGUUCGAGCUCAAGCCAGUUUGUACAGCAGAUCACAAAUCAUCCAACUGAGACACACCGAACACGUCUUGUACCUUUUGCACCACAGAAUAUAUUGGAUAUAUUGUAAAUAGAUAAUAUAGAUUUAUUCUGAAAAAAGUGAUUGGUUUGCCCAGUGUAUGUAUCUACGUAUGUAUUUGUACAGAGAAGAUCUAGUUUAAAAGAGAAAAAAAGGAUAUAGUUAUUAUAGUUAUUAUUAUUCACAUUUAAUAUCAGGGGGUGUCCUAAAUCCUACUGCUACGAGAGACAGGAAACAGGCAGCUUUUAUAGAAUAUACUCCAAUUACCAUGGUAACACACACUGAUAUUAUUACAGAUCUACAUUAAUCAUUUAAUUACCAUGUCAUAUUAUUACAGGAUUAUUAAGAGAUGGCUGUGUCACCUGUUAGGGUGUGUAAAGGGCUAUGCUGUAUUGGUGAAUACGUACAGUAAAUCACAGGUCAUGCACGCACACAUACACAGUAUAUAUAUAUAUAUAUAUAUAUAUAUAUGUAUAUGCACA